GUGCUGGUGUGCCUCACACGGGCUGCGAGUCUCGGGUAUCCAGGCCACAGUGAUGUGCGAUAGGAGAGCUGGUGAAGUCUCCUCGAUACACACUUGCAGCUGUCAGCUUGCAUAAUCCACGCCAUUUUUAAGGUAUCAUGGACUCAGCGAAAAAAUACAGACGACGGAUCGGGUUUUGGCGUUGCACACUGCUGUCCUGGUUGUUGCCAUGUUGGCGGUUGUGGGGGCGCUGGUGGCAGUGGUGCUGGUGAAGAACAAAGAGAUCCACGCCCGUACACUGAUGUCUACACCAUGCCAACGUCAAGAUGGCGGUUUGCUGACUUCCGGCGACCCUAAGUCACCGAGUCCGUUUCACGACAUCACCACUGCGGAGUACAGCAAACUGUUCUCCUACCUCAGAUCCGUUCCAGAACUUUCUCUCGCCGACCCGUGCAGAGCAGGAGUCAAUACUUCUAAUAUUUUCAUGGCAGAUCUACUGUUACCGCCCAAAAGGGAUGUCCUCAAGUUCCUGGAUGGCUCAGGGCCCCAACCUCCCCGCGAGGCUCGCGUCCUUAUCUUCAGAGGAGAUAAAGCCCCACCUGUUGUCGAGGAGUACCGAGUGGGGCCCUUGUCUGACCCCACCUACUGCACACUGAUUAAGAACCCUGUGCGCCGUAAUCCUGUGCAGUUCGCCUACCGACCAGUGGGAUUUGUGGAAUACUUCACUGCCGUCGAAUGUAUCAUGAAACAGGUUGACCAAGAGGUAACUACAGCCGGUACUAGGUGGGCUUCAUCCUACAGGAGAGCUACGAGGCCACGUUUACAGACUGUGGAGACAAGUGUCUCACUACCUUCCUCGUCGCCGUUGGGGUCAGCCCUGAUGAGAAAGGCUGCCAGGAGAAUCUGGUUGUGGGGUGACUACCCAGCAGAGUACUCUAGACUUCAUCCACUAGACUUUGGUGUGCUUGCCAAUGUGGACGGCAGCGACCCUUCCUUGUGGAAGGUAGAAAAAGUCUGGUACGCUGGGGCCUUGUAUGAAUCCCUGACUGAACUGGCCGCACGGUACCGAGAUAUCAGCAACCCCAUCAACAAGAUAAAGUUGCCGUUUGUGUCCACAUCACGUGACCUUUUUUCCACCCAGAACCUUCGUGGAUCCCCAGUGCCCGCUACUCCAAAACGACCCCCUUUGCAGGUUGAGCCUGACGGUAAACGCUACACCAUCAAGCACAGACAUGUGAACUACAUGCAAUGGGACUUCGACAUCCGCCUGUCGGCCUUCAAUGGCCCUCAAGCCUACGACAUCCGCUUUAACGGCGAGCGGCUGGUGUACGAGCUGGGUCUGUCGGAAAUCAGCGUCUACUACUCCGGCGACAACCCCAUCCAGAGGGUCACGGACAUCGUGGAUAGUGGCAUCCUCCUUGGGAUACAUUCCAAAUCUUUGAUUCCCGGUGCCGACUGCCCCGAGGGAGCGACGUUUCUGAAUGCAAGUUUUCUGAGCGAGAGGAUGGCGGCGGCCACGGAGCUGGCACAGGCCACGUGCGUCUUCGAGCAGAACACGGCGAUGCCACUACGUCGCCACUUGGCGUACUCCGUAAGUCAGGGCGCCUUCUAUGGCGGCAUGGCCAGCUCCGUGCUGGUUGUCAGGUCCAUCCUUACUAUCCUCAACUAUGACUACAUCCUCGACUUCGUAUUUUAUCAGAACGGAGCCCUGGAGGUACGCGCUCACUCAACCGGCUACAUCCUGUCCACGUUUUACAGACCUCAAGAGGCUCCCUAUGGAUUUCGACUGGCUGAAAACAUCAACGGCAACAUUCAUCACCACAUGUUUCACUUCAAGGCUGACAUAGACAUCCUUGGAACCAGCAACCGCUACGAAACAUUGGAUAUUUCAACUGAAACCGUUAAUCUGAGGCAGGCUGUGCCCGAUAGACAGUACACGCAAACCCGCUUCUCGCGGCACCUCCUCAGGUCGGAGCUACAGGCCCUGUACAACUACAGCUUCGACUUUCCCAAGUACCACCUCGUCUACAAGGAAGGGCAAAACACAAAAUAUGGGGUCCACGAGCAUUCAGCGUCACAUCUGUAUGUAUACUCUGUCAGACUACAUCAGACUGGAAUGUCCAAGCAGCUGUUGCCCAAAGACGUUGACAACGAAGCCACCAUCCCGUGGGCGCGGCAGCAGCUGGCGGUGACGGUGCGCAAGGACAACGAGCAGUUCAGCACCUCCCCCUAUGCCCUGUUCGACAGCUUCGACCCCGUCGUCAACUUUGCCAACUUCUACAACGACAAUGAAAGCAUCGUAGAUCAGGACCUGGUAUUCUGGUUGACGCUCGGUAUCCACCACAUCCCACACACAGAGGACCUGCCCGUUACACACCCAGGAGAAACUCUAAGCUUCUUCCUGCUGCCCUACAAUUAUUUUCCAGAAUGCCCUUCGGUGUCAUCACGUGACAACAUCCGCGUGGAGUACGUCAGUGCCGGUCGUCCAGAGGACGGGCUUGCGUGUGGAAAGAAACGGCAACAAGAUUAACAGAGCGUGCGGUGCCCAGACUCUAGAGGACGUGGCCAGAGACCGGCCAGACGACCUGCUGCAGACCCACAGAGACUUCAAGCUUCUGUAACAGCACACACAGGGGCGUCCACAUUCUCCAGCAGCUGAUUUAACUACAAUUAAACACAUGGACUUGCAGCUCUACGAAUGCAUCAGCAUUAUACAUUAUUAUUAUUAAAUAAAUAAUAAAGACCUAAAGACCUCCACCUUUAAAGACGCUUGCUUUGCAAAGCUUGUGUAAUGUCAGCAGCCUCCAUUCUAUUCACAACCACUGUGCCUCUCCUGUCCAUCGCCAGUAAAUGACGAUUCUACUAGUUCUUCCAUGUGUUAGCCACUGACGUCUAAUCUUGUUUAGUCCAACUGAGCUCUAACUGGAAAUGUUACUGUCAAUAAAGUAGAAUGUCAUGUAGAAACAGGAGAGUGAACUUGUUAAUAAGAUUUUUAUUACUCAAUUGAUUACAAUGGCUAUUGCAAAACUUAUUAUUAGGACUUCUUGACGAUGUGACUAUAACUAUUUGAUGAUGUGACCAUCUCUUUUGUUUUAUUUUUCUUACUUACUUCUGCACGCCGACACGCACAAUGUGUG